AUGUUCAGCUGAAGUCCCAGCGCUUGCCGUACACGCGCCGCCGAUAAGCCCCAGACCUCCAAGCGCUAACUAUCGCACUGUGCUGCUGCUGCUGCGGGAGUGGCAAGGCCGGAAAACGAGCGCAAAGGCCCAUACAGCGCUGCUGCCACUUGCUGCUGCAGUGAACCAAGGACCACCAUGCGUGCCCUCGUCCUCGCAUUAUUACUCCACGAUACAAGCGCUCUAAGCACCGCCACGCUCAAGCCACCGAAGCUGGCCACGGCCUCAACACAAACACUAGCGCUGCCGUUCGCCGAGCUCAGUGAACUAGUGGGAGGCACGGGCCGCGCGCGGUCCAUCUGGGACGCCGUACGAAGUGGCCAGGAGCCGUUGGAUGCGGACGCGCCGACGACGGUUGGCGCUAGACGCGUCUUGGAGGCGAGCGGCCUGACGGCGUUCGUCCCAGCUUGUCUAGAACACAAAGACGAGGCGGCCGACGGCACGACGAAGCUACUCGUGCGGCUGGCCGACGGGUUGGCCGUCGAGGCUGUUUUAAUACCGCAUGCCCAUCUCCCGAGGACCACAUUAUGCAUCUCGUCUCAAGUCGGUUGCGACCAAGGGUGUAGGUUCUGUGCCACAGCUAGAAUGGGCCUCGUGCGCAACCUCACGCCGGACGAGAUCCUCGCGCAGUUCGUCAUCGCGAGCCGCGUCGCGGCGCAGUCCACGAGAAUGCCUCCAUUAACAAAUAUCGUGUUCAUGGGCAUGGGCGACGCCGGCCGCAACGCCAUUAAUGUCAAGCUCGCGGCGACGUCGUUGAUCGACGGCGAGAAGUUCCGCAUGGCCCGGUCCAAGAUCACGAUUAGCACCGUAGGACCGUCGCCGGACUGCUUCCGGGAAUUGUCAGAUGCGGACGGCAUGCUCGCCUGGUCCGUGCACGCCGCGGACGACGCGUUGCGGAAGCAGUUGGUUCCGUCGGCGAAGUAUACGGUGGACGAGCUGCGCGCCGGGUUACUCGACGCGUUGAAACCGCGACCGGCGCGGCAGCGCACGCUCAUGCUCGCGGCUACGCUCAUCGCGGGCGUCAACGACUCGCCAGAAGACGCGCGGAGGCUCGCGGCGUUCGUGUCUCCGAUCGUGGACGUGGCGCAAAAAGUGAACGUGGAUCUGAUUCCCGUGAAUCCUACGGACCACGCUCCUGAUUUCCUGAGACCGUCGGACGACGCUCUGGAGCUGUUCCGGGACGCGAUUCGUGAAGUCGAGCCUAGAGUGCAUGUGGCGUUACGGGUGACCAGAGGGGAUGAUAAAACCGCGGCGUGCGGGCAGCUGCACAUCCAGCGGAAGAGUCUGUCUGAGGCACGUGCUGUUGCUGCUGCUGCGGUCGACGCUGGGGAGACGCCGCGCCUCGUGUUGCGGCGUAAGGUGGAUAGAUAGAUCCGAGUCCAACGGCCAUGGGUAUCUUGCAAUGGCCUUUUGGGUCGCGUCGAUGGCGUCUAGCUGUGCCUGUUCUGCCCAGCUCGUUGUAUUUUGAGCUGACAAAACGGGUUUUACAGGUCGAGUUUUGCGCGCCCGGCCACGCCAACGAUUAAAAUUCAUAAGCGCAAGCGCCCGCCAAGACUUUCAAUCGCUGUAGUCCGUGGAACUACUCUCCGUAGGGCAUCUCUACAGGGUCCCAGACAACCCACCCGGGGCCAGCAUAAAACG